UAAUUUUUAUAGAAUACUGCAGAGCGGGACUUGUAUGGAAAUUUUAUGACAGAAAGAAAACGUUCUCCUCGUGAGAUAUUCCAUGGAGGCCAUGGUUAAAGCAUAGUUUAUCUUUUUUGCAUACCGUUUCUGGAAAAAGAAACGGAGAUUAAUGACAAGAAGACUCAAUGAAUAUUUCUGUCGAUCACCAAGGCCCUCUUAUUCCAGAUAUUGCAGCACUAGUGUUUUCGUUUCUGGACGUGUCAGAGAAGCAAACUGUUGCUCAAGUGUGUCGUUUGUGGUAUAAAGUGUCCUACCUUCCGUCGUUAUGGCGCGGAAUAACGAUAGUUCUACCUUUGGACUGUUCCGAGGUACUCGUCAAAAGUUUGAGCAAGCGGAGAAUAAGAAAGGUCAACUGCUCUAGAGCUAACAGUGAAGACUUGUCAAUUCUUUUUUCUCAUUUGCCGGAGAUUACUCAUUUGAAUUUGGGCGGAUGCCCUCAGGUUAGCGAAACGUUACUCAAAAUUGAAAUUCCCAAAUUGCACCAACUGGAACAUCUUUCGUUCAGGAGAUGUGGACGUUUGUCAGACGGUGUUUUGGAAGCUUGUGGUCCACAACUCAAGAAGCUGAAAAGUUUUACCAUGGAAGAUUGCGAUAACAUCACUGAGACUGGAUUCCAAGGUUUCAUCAAGCACUUAAGUGAACUGGAAGUGCUAGAUUUAACAUGGUGUGAAGGUCUUACUGAUGGGUGUCUCAAGACACUUGCACUCUGCUGCCCUAAAGUGUCACAACUUAGUUUACGGGGCUGUGACUGGGUUACUGUACUUGGUAUCCGCUUUGUUGUGGAGAAUCUGAAAAACUUAUCAGUACUUGAUUUCAAAUGGAGUCAUGGAAUAACUGAUGGUGCUGUUGAAUUAGUGGCAAAGAAUCUUCCUGAUGUCACAUUUUUGGAUGUUAAGGAUUGUCCAUUUGUGACAAGUGAUGGUAUUGGCCACGUGACAAAGCACUUGAAUAAAAUCAAACACUUGUCUUUUGGUGGGGGUGAUCACAUGCAUUUUGCAAACAAUGUUCAAGACAUUGAAAAUAUGUUCGUGGAUAUUUCCAAGCUAACAGAGCUAAGAUGUCUAGCAUUCGACUUCUGUGAUGGUAUCAGUGACUCUGCUAUACACACACUGAUAAAAAGCCUGCCAAAUUUGAAGGUGCUGGAUGUUGGGUAUGUGGAAACAAUCAGUGACAGCACUGCAGAUCUCAUUGGCUCACACUUGCAGAAUCUUGAGUCAUUGUCGCUCAGAAGUCAAAAGUUAGCAGACAGAGGAGUUGCAAUAAUUGCCAGCAAAUUGACUCAUUUGAAAACAUUAGACCUGAGACACUGUGAAAUAAGCAAUGAUGGCAUGGCAAGGAUGGCUCCAUUUUUAAAGGAUUUGAAGUCUUUGAUAUUGUCAUCCCAUUCCAAACUCACAAACGUGGGGGUGAAAUACAUUGCAAACUUCAUGAAGAAUCUGACAAGUCUUGAUUUGAUGGACUGUUGUGGAGUGACAAACUCAGGUGUUGCAAUUCUUGCCUUCAACUUGACACAAUUACAGCAUUUGAAUUUGUCCUACUGCAGCCGUGUUUCAAACAAAGGUGUUUGUGAGGUAGGAAAAUACCUGAAGGAACUCAAGCAGCUAACAUUAGACCAGACCAAAGUCACGGACCAAGGGUUUGUUUAUGUCAGCCGACAUUUGCCCAAGCUGGUUUCUCUUGGUGUUGAAGGAUGUAAAAUAACAGACAGAGGUCUUAUAAAGGCAUCUGAAUCUCUUUCAAACCUAGAAGAACUUGAUCUUGGUUCAAAUCUCAUCACUGAUGCAGGGGUCAAGCAAGCUGUUGUGCAUUUAAAAGGAUUGACAGACAUGAGUCUGACUGGUUGUAUGUCAAUCACUGAUGCCAGUAUUGAAAGUGUUUUGAAUGAACUGCCGUAUUUGACGCAUCUGGGUAUUGAAGGCUGUCUUCGUGUCUCAGAGGAAGCUGUUGAGAGACUCAGAGAAACAGCAAAAUCAGCCAUUAGUUUCUUUUAAAUUAGAGGCAAGUCAGUCUGAGCUUGGUAUAGUUACCCCCUAUACCUCAAGUUGACAAACUGCAUGUAACAGAAGGUUGAGUUUCCAUGGAAAUGUAAACAUUUUCCCUAGAUUUAAUGAACUACUGUUAAUGGAGAAUAGGUUGAUUAUUGUUUCAUUAAACUUUGUUGGAUGUUUGAUUAAAA